CAGGCAGGCAGGGAUGGAGUCAGCUCUCAAUUCUAUAUGACGACAAAGUCAAUUCGUGGGAGAAAAUACUAAAUACAGGACCAUACACAUGGCACCGUGCCGUCCAUGUGAGAGCUUGGUUAGAGGAACACGAUGUUGCCUUAUGUACAACUAGAUUUCGAAUGGUAGUGUUUAGUUUUAGUUGUUCGUCCAUCGGGUGGUUUUCUCUCGGACUUAUUGUGUCUCAAUAGAAGAGUCUCGUAUUUUAUUAUUAAUAAUACACCAGGGAGUCAAGAUACAUAUAUAUUCGUGCUUUAUACGAGAGUGCACCUGUGCUCUGCCCUCUAUUUCAGAACAGACAUUAUCGACAUUAUCAGAUAAUCAAUAAUUUAUCAGAUUAAUCGAUAGGACGGACAUCCGAAUUCCCAAACUCAGUGUCAGUGUUUCACUUUACUCGCGAUACACAUUGGUCUCGUCGUCUCUGUGGAGGAAUUAGAAUGAAGGUGAAGAAAAAGGUGUGUAUCGUUCAUAUCGGCUUUCGACUUCUAUUGCCCCACUCCAACUGAAUGACCAAAAUCUAGCCAGCCCAUCAGCCAGAGGAAGAUCACACGAAAACGGUACCGUAGUUUGCGGCAGUGUCCCACAAAGCCCAAGCUGUACAUUGGUAAUUCUGGCCUAAAAGUUACGAGCAAAGUAAAAAUUGACACCAAGCCUCAACAUGACCGCUAAAUUUCUUGCAAUUCUUUUUAGUAUCACACAAUGUUUACAUGUAUAGUUCGUACCAAAAAUGAGAACCCUCGAAUGGGGUAAAAGUGUGGAAUCCCAAAAUCCCGUGAUUCAUCCUCAAAAUCAGUUCAAAUUUUAUUACGGGUAACAACUUUCUUAUGAAAACAAAGUGGUGGAUCAGUGAACAAAAACCAAAUGUGCGAAAUAAUAUGUAGGAAAAAUAUAUACACGUAAAAGUACUACCUAGUUCUUCGAAAUAGGAACUGUCUCGCAAUUAUUCACAUAUUUAGUACUUUAUGCAACUGCAUAUUUGUAACCAAUCAAGUAAUGCUAGCAUAACAUUCUUCGAGGUUACCCAAAGCUGCUUCAUACGAGUCGUCCCAAUUUGGACGGAAUGUCUCAAGAAACCAGUGUUAUAUUCACACCUUUGAGAAAACCAUGUAAUUCCGGAAGAAAUCCAGAUGCUGAAAAUGUUCCUUUUACAAUAUCUUCGAGGCAAUUAAACCUAGACUUUGAUUUACCUUCAUCAAUCACGAGCAACGGUGCAAAGACAUGGUUGGAUCAUGGACAAAAGAAUCAAUUAAACAUAAAAGACGGGGAGUAUUUGCCACAAAAUGAACGAGAUAAAUUUGAUUAUGAGAACUUAGCCUGUAAACCCUUGGAGGAAGUAAACCCAGAAUUUUUACGUGACGAAACGUUUCUAGUCGUUGGACGAGAUGGAAAAGUUCACCGCUUGUCUGCAAAAAAGUCUGCGUUUAUUUUUAAUCCUUUCAAUCGGCUUAGAAGAAUCGGAAUACUUAUUUCAUGGAAUUGGCAGUUACCAGUGCUAACAGGGAUUGCAUUGGGCUGCCUUUGUUUGUCUUUUAUUCUGCCAAAUUAUGCGAGUAAUUCCAUUGCAACGCUUGUCUGGAAUUUCACAAGAUACGUUUUUGGAGGACUUCUUUUCUCUGAAAUAUGUGCCAACGUUUUAGCGAGAGGGAUCCUUGUAUCUAAAUUCAGCUACUUGCGAAGCCCUUGGGAGUGGUUGGACAUCGCCAUGUUUAUUAUUAUAUUUUUGAACGUUUAUUGGAGAAGUUUGUUCCUACAUUCCUUGUCUGGAGUUCUGUUGCUCAAAUUCAUUCCAAUCGUACCUGCAUUAAGGACCGGAUUUCAUGUAUUAACCACACAAAUUCUCAAGAACCUCGUACCUGCUCUAAUAUACUCAUUGCUCACACUUUGGAUCCUGUCCAUGGUCGGCUUGCACAUAAAAAGCCAUCAAAUGCAAAUUCAAAAUUCGAACGCUGCAGAUAACACUUCCUUCAACUGUGCACAUCCCUUGACCCCAGAUAAAGUAAUAGCCAGAGGAGGAAGCGACGACAAUCAAUACCAAAAUGAGUCUAGUGAAUCGACAAGAAAUUAUGAACUGCAUCUUCCAAAUUCGAAACAAACCCCUUUUCUUCCACGACAAUUAACAGAAUGGAAUACAAAUUCAAGUUCAAUACUCAAUGUCUCCUUUAAUAACAACUGCUUUGAAGAUUAUAGACUCAUUGGGUCGACGUCCCGGAUCAUCAACAUUUUCUUCCAAACGACGGGUAUUACUACGUUUCAAGCCUUUGGGGUGUUUCCCAAUCAGAUUGAUCCACUUCUGAAUCACUUCCUAUAUGUCACCCUAACUCUGGUCUUCGGGACUUUUGGGGUGAGUGUUCUGGCAGCUGCGAGUAUUGGAUUUGGCAUAUUCGAUUUCCAACCCCACCACCACCACCUCCACGCCCACCAAACGGGGCCUGUUGGACAUAAAUUUCCGUGUCUUCCACGAUUUCAACUACCUCAGUGUGAUCAUGGUGCCUUCAAUGUGUUUAAAAAAGUCUUGUUUCACCCGUUUAUGGAACUCUUUAUGACCACCGUCAUUUGUUUGGACAUUGUUUUCCUGUCGUUGACAGUUUCCCACACGCUGAAUGAGUAUGGCUUCGUGUCCUGGAUUCUUAAAAAUGGACAAGAGGCGUUCAUGCUGCUUUAUGUGGUGGAGACACUGUUAAAACUGUUUCUAACUCCUUCAAUGACAACCUGGUGGACGUUCCUAGACUUUCUUGUUGCAACGAUCUUCGUUAUAAAUAAGGUUUAUCCGUUGCCAAUUUUGGUGCAUUUUAGAGUAGUGAAAAUUAUGUCUCGAUGGCCAACUUUGCAGCUAAUAUUCUACGUAUUUUUUAAAAGUCUUUAUUCAAGCCUGUCCUUCUUGGCAAUCCUCCUCUUGGGAUUAUUUAGUGUAAGAUAUGGAGUAGCAACGUACAUUGAUGGUUCAAAUGUUUUAAAUAAACGGGUGCUGACUUGGCUGGACGAGCUAUUUCUAUUUAAUAACUGGACAACGGUCUUUGAAAACUGCAAGACUGGGAGUGGAAUAAUAACCUUAUGUUUUGCAACCUGGUUGUUCGAAAUAAUUUGUGGCGUGGUGUUUGCCUCUGUGAUAUUCGUAACUGUGAUUUAUUACACGUGUGACUUGGCUUCAAGACCAAUGGAUUGUUGUUUUGAAACUGAAAAUUACAAAAACUUGGAAAAAGCUAUUUCACUCUUAAAGUCGCAGCUUCCAAAGUGUUUCUCAUCAUGCAUCAAAAGCAACGAAAGGUCAAAUUCGUGCCCUUCUCCCCCUAAUCCAACAGCAACCAGUCCCAGAGUGAAAGUGAUUCCUACUGAUCUUCCAAUCCCUACCUCAAAUGGUGGACCCAACAAUAACGCUCAUCAUAUUAUGGCUCACCAUGUACCUAAGAUUAUAAUUAACGACGACGUUGAGGAGUUAGGUCCGGACGACUCUCGACCACAGCAAAAUUCACAAGUGUCUUCCAUGAUGCAGUUUGUUCGGCAAUUUCAGUCCACCAGGUUUUUCUCUGUUGGAGUAAUAUUAGGGGCCUCUGCUGCUUCCAUUUUAAAAUUUGAUUUAUUACAAAGAAUGUCUCCGUACUUCAAUCCAAGAUUGUACAUUGAUUUCCUGUUUGUCUGCUAUUUUCUGCUCAUCUUACUGUGGAAGCUGGUUAAAAACAAUUUCAAAUCGCUAAAAAGUCCUCCUUGGCUGUUGGAUUUUCUCAUAGUUUCGGCCAGUGGUUUCACACUUUACACUUCUAUCUUGAGUAAAGUGAGCCUUCAAGACAUUCCUGCAGUCAAAUUGAUUACCUCAUUAAGUUAUUUUCGGGCACUUAUGCUUGUCAACCGAUUGGAAUGGCUGAAGAUGGGCCUGGUUGGAAUCACUUCUGUUGUUCGUGCUUUGUGGAGAUACCUCUUUGGACUGUCUGUUUUAUGGAUUUGUCUUAUUUGGUUGAAGAACAAUUACGAAACAACACUGAGCAGCAGCAAAUGGUUCACUAAUGAUGAUAUUAGCCGUGAAAUGACAAAUGCAAGUCUGGGUACAACCGUUGCAACAAUCUCAAUUAAAACAGGCCUGCUCUUCGUCCACAUUUUACUUUAUGGAGUUUUUGUAGGAGUUGUGAUAGCCGAACUUUUGAACAGCGAGUUGCUCGCUUCGUUCAUGACGCCUGCUCAAUGUGCGAUUUAUAAAGACAAGAAGCUCAGCUUUCACCGAGAAAAGACAUAUCACAUUCCAGCCCCAAAACAAGCAGGCCUAUGCAGUCAAGUAACGCAUUAUGUAACGCUCACACAUGCUUUUGACAUUACUGUGAUGGUCACCAUAAUUUGCGACUGUUUGGUGAUAACUUUUCAUCAUCUUGCGACAUCGAAGGAUUGGCGAAUUAUUUGGGGACACUACCCGGUUUUCAUUAUUCUUGUGUAUAUGUGUGAAUUGUCAAUGAAACUUUUUGGGUGGAGAAAAUACUACUGUAAAUCGGCUUGGAAUUUGCUCGACUCUGUUAUAAUAGCUGUUGGAAUUAUAGAUAUUUUAGUUUUCAAAAUUCAGCUCGGAUUUGUGACUGCGGAGACAAUUAGAUUUUUCCGAAUACUACGAAUCUUCCAACUGCAAAUUUUUACAAACAAUGCCAAACUUGUCUACAUUUGCUAUUCAUCUUUACUUCGAGUUCUUCCCUGUGUGGGAAACAUUGUUUUUCUACAAGGAAUUCUCCUCUACACGUUCGCCGCAAUCGGGCUGAACAGUGGGAUUAAUAACAGCACAAUAAGUUCUUCCAACAAUAAUAAUAUGAGCUCACUUGGUGAUUUUCAAGGAGCUACGAGUGCUUUAAACAAUAUUUCAGUGUCUUUAAUAUCACUUCCAUUUUAUGGAAGCAUAAACUCUUUCCAAAUUGCUCAAACACAUUCGUGUUGGUCGGAGUUUGUAGGAGUAGCUUUACCCGUGUACGUUUAUUCGUUUAUUAUUUUAAGCCAUGUUCUCAUCGGGAGUUUUUUUGCAAUUGUUUUGCAUGAAAUUCUCAAAACUCUGAGUAUCAGUCAAUCUUUGUAUUCAAAACAUGAAGAAUUGCCUCAUCACAGCGAUGAUGUAAAUGAGAACAAGUACAAGCAUACCAAUGGAGGAUUUCUUAAUUGUGAUUACGCAAAAAGUCCGGACGAGCCCGACUCUGUCUCAACAAUGUUAACUCCAAUGUCUGAUGAUCCUUUAGACGACGGGGAUGAAGACAUCAAGUACCCAAUUAGAAUGUCUGCUAAUGGUUACAUUCUUCAUGUAGAAGCUAUUGUUACAACUGUUUGAUUAUGAAAAUAAAGUAGAAAUUAUUCGAAACUUUUGUGGACACCAUGAAUCAUCGUAUAUUUAUUUUUGUAUGAUUUACAUACAAAUGAGUAUAUUCAAGACUGUAUGCCCAAAAUAAAUUUCCAUUUAUUUAAUAUUUUGUGUGAAGCAUUUUAGUAUAUGUACUGACUCUACACUGCAAGUUAGAAAUAGUUAAAAACUGGCAACAGACUGAAAUUAUCUUAAUAAAAUUAUAAAUACACACUCACAUAGCUUACUUGUCUGGUAAAUAUUUGAGGAAAGUUGAAAAAUGUCGAGAUUUCGAGAUUCUGAUAAUUGUGUUGCAGCUAUCAUUUUAUUGCCAAUAACAUGUUUGCUAAUCUUGUCAUUUAACUGCAGCGAAAUGGCGAAUAUUACUGCUAAAUAUAACGACGAUUGUUCACCCUUCAGCAAUGCAACUUCAGCAUUUAUACAAAACUUAACUAAUUAUGAUACCAAAGAACUUUUGCUGAAUUUCAUUCAACACCGCGGAUGCAAAGGUACCCCAGAUCCAACUACUGAGCAGAAUUUGAUGCUAAAAUGUUGUGCAUUAAUGGGAAGCAAUUCACAAGAAUCCGCACAUGGAUCCUCCGAAAUGAGUGAAGCUUGUUCUAACCUUAACCUCCUAAGUAUUACGCAAAUGGUGUGCAGUGAACU